AAGUUCUCUGUUGUCGCUGUUUUACCCUUAGCUGAUUUUGACAGCAAAUCAUUAUCAUGUCUGGACGCGGCAAGCAGGGUGGCAAGGCCCGCGCCAAGGCCAAAACCCGCUCCUCCCGGGCCGGCCUGCAGUUCCCCGUGGGCCGCGUGCACCGCCUCCUCCGCAAGGGCAACUACUCUGAGCGGGUGGGCGCUGGCGCCCCGGUGUACCUGGCGGCCGUGCUGGAGUACCUGACGGCCGAGAUCCUGGAGCUGGCUGGCAACGCGGCCCGCGACAACAAGAAGACGCGCAUCAUCCCGCGCCACCUGCAGCUGGCCAUCCGCAACGACGAGGAGCUCAACAAGCUGCUGGGCCGCGUGACGAUCGCGCAGGGCGGCGUCCUGCCCAACAUCCAGGCGGUGCUGCUGCCCAAGAAGACCGAGAGCAGCCACAAGGCCAAGGGAAAAUAAGACGAUUGAGCGUGGCUUUUUUUUCUUUAAACCAAAGGCUCUUUUCAGAGCCACCACCUUUUCAUAUAGAGAGUAUGGUAACCAGAACCAUUUUCUACUUAACAUGCUAAGCCCUUUAUGUUAUUGUAAAGUAUCGAACCAUAUCGCGAUUAAUAAAACCAAAUAUCAAGGUAGAUAGUUGCAUUGACUUGAGUAAGGCAGAGAAAUUCCGAAUAUCGCAUGAA